UUAUAAUCGAGGAGAAGAGUAACGUUACAAUUUUGACAAGAGUCCGCCGAUCUGUUUUCAAAUAUUCAAACAACAGGCUCCUCCUUCUUCCUUCCUCCUUCCUCAAUUCUUAAAAUCUCCCCCAUUAGGAAAAAAGCAAGAACCCUAAUUUCCCAUCUCAGAUUCAGAAAAAACCAGGUCUGAUUUCUCCCGGGUUCUUAAGAAAUCCGCCGCCGAUCUCGGGAUUGAGAUUUGGAUCCUAUUGACGAGCCUAAGGUGAAGCAAUCCAUCGAAGAUGCCACUUCGCAACCAGAAUCGCGCUCCUUUACCUAGUCCAAACGUCAAAAAGGAAGCGCUCUCAAGUAUUCCUUUUGACAAGCGAAGGAAGGAGACGCAAGGUACUGGAAGAAGACAAGUGCUUUCGACAGUGAACAGACAAGAUGCGAACAGCGAUGUGGGAAGCACAGAGGAGUGUGGUAAAGUUGAGUUUACAAAAGAUGAAGUGUUGGCUUUGCUUAACGAGAGAGCUAAAGCUGGAAAAUUUGAUACCAAGGGUAAGAUUGAGCAAAUGACGGAUAUUAUCAAGAAGCUUAAGGUCUGUGUUAGAUGGUACCAACAAGUGGAUGAAACUCAUGUUCAAGACAAGGAAAAUCUUUCUUCUUCUCUUCAAUCUGCAGAGAAAAGAUACAGUGAUAAAGAGUUGGAUGCAAAGACCAAAGAGGAAGAGCUACGAGCAACUAUAACAGAGAUGAAGGAGAACAUAGAAUCACUUCAGGAAAAGCUGUCCAAGGAGAAGUUGAGUAAACUGGAUGCAAUUGAAAAUCACAGAAGAGAAAAAGAUUGUAGAGUUGUAGCUGAGAAGCUUCAGGUUUCUCUCAGAGAAGAGCUUGACAAAGUUAAAGAGGAAAAAAUGGCUGCGAAGCAGAAGGUGACGUCUCUAGAAGAUAUGUACAAGAGGCUGCAAGAGUACAACACAAGUUUGCAACAAUAUAACACCAAACUCCAGACUGAUCUUGAAGUAGCUAGAGAGGCUCACACUCGUGCUGAAAAAGAAAAGUCAAGUAUACUGGAGAAUCUUACUACACUAAGAGGUCACAGUAAAUCACUACAAGAUCAAUUAGCAUCGAGCCGGGUUUCACAAGAUGAAGCGGUAAAACAAAAGGAUUCAUUGCUGAUGGAAGUUAAUAACCUUCAAAGCGAGCUGCAACAAGUCCGUGAUGAUCGUGAUCGCCAUGUUGUACAGUCACAAAAGCUGGCUGGUGAGAUACUGAUGUAUAAGGAGAGUGUUGGAAAGUCAUCUCAUGAGUUGGACAUUCUUAUAGCCAAAUCAGGAUCUUUAGAGGAAACAUGUUCGUUGCAAAAAGAGCGUAUUAAAAUGUUGGAGCAGGAAUUAGCUUUUGCUAAGGAAAAGCUUAAGAUGGUGGAUUUAUCUAUGUCUCAUACAAUGACAGAAUUUGAGGAGCAGAAACAAUGUAUGCAUGAACUGCAAGAUCGCCUUGCAGACACGGAGCGUCAACUUUUUGAAGGAGAGUUAUUAAGGAAAAAGCUUCAUAACACCAUUCUUGAACUCAAAGGAAACAUACGCGUGUUCUGCCGAGUGCGCCCCUUGCUACCAGAUGAUGGAGGACGCCAAGAGGCCAGUGUUAUUGCCUAUCCUACAUCAACUGAAUCUCUUGGUAGAGGCAUUGAUGUGGUCCAAAGUGGUAACAAACAUCCUUUCACUUUCGACAAGGUCUUCGACCACGGAGCUUCUCAGGAGGAAGUAUUCUUUGAAAUAUCUCAACUUGUGCAGAGCGCAUUGGAUGGCUACAAGGUUUGUAUUUUUGCCUACGGUCAGACAGGUUCUGGCAAAACCUAUACCAUGAUGGGCAGGCCUGAAACACCAGAACAGAAAGGACUGAUCCCUCGAUCACUCGAACAAAUAUUCAAAACCAGCCAAAGUCUUAGUACACAAGGCUGGAAAUACAAGAUGCAGGUCUCAAUGUUGGAGAUAUAUAAUGAGUCCAUCAGAGACUUGUUGUCUACAAGCCGAACGAUUGCUAUAGAAUCUGUGCGGGCAGACAGUAGCACAUCUGGAAGACAAUAUACAAUCACACAUGAUGUUAAUGGAAACACUCAUGUUAGCGACCUGACAAUAGUAGAUGUAUGCAGCAUUGGACAAAUUUCCUCACUUUUGCAACAAGCUGCUCAGAGCAGGUCUGUUGGGAAGACGCAUAUGAAUGAACAAUCAUCAAGAAGUCAUUUCGUGUUUACUCUUAGGAUUUCUGGUGUGAAUGAGAGCACUGAACAGCAAGUACAAGGUGUUCUUAACCUAAUUGAUCUUGCUGGAAGUGAGCGACUUUCAAGGAGCGGGGCAACCGGAGACCGGUUAAAGGAGACACAGGCUAUAAACAAAAGCUUGUCUGCAUUGAGUGAUGUUAUAUUUGCAUUGGCAAAGAAAGAGGAUCAUGUACCUUUCAGAAACUCAAAGUUAACAUAUCUGCUCCAGCCAUGUUUAGGAGGGGACUCAAAGACCUUAAUGUUUGUGAACAUAUCACCUGAUCCAUCUUCAACUGGAGAGUCUCUAUGCUCUCUUCGGUUUGCUGCUAGAGUUAAUGCAUGUGAGAUUGGAAUACCUCGCAGACAAACUUCCGCAAAACUCCUCGACUCUCGCCUAAGUUACGGUUAACACUGGUGGUUCGAGUCUCUCUUUCAUCUGUAUAACAACAACAACAUUUGUUUUAGAGUUACAAGUUACAACAUAACAUUACUGGAACUAAUUGUUGAAGUCAACGAGGAUAAACUAUAGUGAUGGAAGAAUCGUCAACAGACAAAGGCAAAGACUUGCUUGUUGCAGAGUGAUCAGAAGCAGAACCUCCUGAGCGUGGAUCUCUAGAGUCUUUCAUGGUUCGAAGAAGAAACCCAGAUCGCUUUGGAAUCGGUAAAGUAACAGUGAAGCUGUUCAUCAUCACAAGAAUGUCAUCCAUUGAAGGUCUCUCUGAAGAAUCUUCUUGAACACAUAACAAAGCAAUGUGAAUGCAUCUGAUCACUUCAUUUGUCUGAAAAUUCCCUCUCAUUGCUUCAUCUACUAGCUCCAGUGGUGAAUUCUCCACCCAUAGCUUCCACACCUGCAGAUAUUUAUAAUGUUUCAGAAAACAGUAUUUAAAAAGAGUUUUUGAUUGGUUAUAAAACAGUACUUACGUAGGUCACU